AUGGAUACUCUGCCGGAGAGAAUGAGCACGCCGCAGCCGCCAGAGCAGUGCAGCGUCCGCAAUGACUCGGCGGGGGUCAGCUUCGGCGCCAGCAGCAGAAUGGCCGUCGUCCGAGGCGGCGAGGAGCCGGCGGCUUCUCUGGAGGUCUGGUGCUCGCCCGGCGACGACGGGGACCUGGCGCAGCACUUCGUGCUGGAGGUGCGGCCGCUGGACGAGUCCGGGGAGUCGCGCGUGACGGAGCCGGGCGCGAUGAGCGACCAGGCGGCCCCCGGCGGCGCGCCGCUGCAGCUGGUGCGCGGCGCCAGCCCGCGCUUCACGGUGUCGGGGCUGCGCCCGGGCCGCUACCAGCUGGCCGUCUUCGCCGAGAACCGCCUCGGCCGUUCGCACCCACCCGUCCUGCUCUCCAGCGUUGCCGCCGCGGAGGGCACCCAGCCCCUCGCUGGAGACGCAUACACAAGCAAGGCAGCAGAAGUAAGAAAUGUACCAACAACUAAGACGCAGUCGGCCGGGCUGGCCGUGCGGUUCUAG